CUGGCGGCACAGUGACCGAGAUUCGUGAAUGGUCCGCGAGGAUUGGAACUCCAGCGAAUACGAUGCCUUCCGCGGCUCCCUGCCGGGCCCGGCGGGCGGUUGGCCGUGGGAGCUCGGAGUUUCAAACCUUUCUUUCUCUUCCACAUCGCCGAUUCGAUUCUUGAGGGAAUAGAUAGAUAUACUCUCGGGUUGGUCCACGCCAUUUCUUCGUUGUCGCUUCUUUGCCUUUUCGUUUGUCCGCCAGCUGUUUUUCUCCCAUCCCCUCCUGUUUUGUCACCCCUUUUCCCUUUUUUCCUGAUCGACCAAAUCCAUUGCAGAGCUGGACGUAGUCAAUGUGCUGUUGUUUUUUGUUGGGGGCUUGUCAGUCGAUAUGCAUGGUUUGUGCUUGGGUUUCAUGCUACGCAACCUCUGAAAAAAGUCUUUUGGCAAUAUCCAGUAGGAGUAUUCGUAUUGGUCCUGUCCUUAUCCACUGAAUCUCUUCACACGCCAACUAUCAAGUUUGGUAUAGAUUUCUAUCAAUAUGUUUUUCCCGGGAAUUAAUUAAACCAAGUGUUAGGAUGGUAUUUCUGUGGGUUUAAAGCUAAACCGCGUCUGAAGAAAAGUCAAGUGUUAGUAUUAGAUGUUGACAUUAUUGCACGACAUGGCACUAACGUUUCUAAUAUGGUUUAUUGGGUUGAUAAGAUCAAAUCUUUUCCUUUUAGGCUCAAAGUCAGCAGUGGCAUCAUUCCGCACGACUAUAAUAUUGAUCCAUUUGCUUGAGAAACUAUUAGGUUCUUCUCCUUUUUGAAAAUGCUGAAUCUUGAAUUCAAGUAUAUGGUCGCAUAGCCUGUAAGAUCAUAUGGAAGAUAUUCUUAAAUAACUCAGAUAUUGAUGUCCAUUAAGCCAUUGAUUUUCAAGCUCAGCAAUGGAGCAACUGAAAGAUCAACAGUUACAUCAAUAUGCUUGGCAACUACGGUCUAGAUAGCGGGCUGCAACGGUUACCAGAAUUCUACAUGUUUACGGUCUGUAAAAGUAGAAGUCACGAUGAAGUUUGGUGCAACAUAUGAAGAGUACCUCCGCGUGGAGCAGGACAAGUACCUAGGACAAUGCUCCCGUGUAGAAUACAAACGCCUCAAGAAGGUACUGAAGAAAUGUCGAGUUGGUCGCUCAUUGCAAGCAGAUGGAGCAAAUGAUGAUGAGCAAGAGCAGGGGAGCGACGAAUAUUCAGAUGUUUGCGAAUGCAACUCAUGCACAUUGUGUGAUGAGAUGUUCUUUACAGAACUCAACAAGGAGGCAUCGGAAAUAGCAGGCUGUUUCAGAUCUAGAGUACAACGUCUCCUCCACCUUCAUAUUCCUUCAGGAAUACAACGCUAUAUAUGGCGUUUUAGACAGUGCUUCAUAGAUGAUCAACAAAUAAUGGUUCAAGAAGGCAGAAUGCUUCUCAACUAUGUGACCAUGAAUGCUAUUGCUAUUCGCAAAAUUCUCAAGAAAUAUGACAAGAUACAUGGUUCUGUAAGUGGCAGAGACUUCAAGAGCAAGAUGCAAACUGCGCAUAUCGAACUGUUGCAAUCGCCUUGGCUGAUAGAGCUUGGCGCUUUCCAUCUCAACUGUGACGAUUUAGAUGCUGAUGAACUUGGAGGUGGAGGGUUCUUCAAGAACGGAUUCUUCAAGAAUUUUUCCUGUGACCUGUCUGGAGCACAGCCAUUGUUAACGAUGACCAUUUCUGAAACUCUGAAGUAUGAGUACAGCCUAACUUGUCCAAUUUGCUUGGACACUUUGUUCAACCCUUAUGCACUUAGCUGUGGGCAUCUGUUCUGCAAAGCCUGUGCAUGUGGUGCUGCUUCUGUCUACAUCUUCCAGGGUGUCAAGUCUGCACCUCUGGAUGCCAAGUGCCCUGUAUGCCGAGCGGUUGGUGUUUUUGGCCAUGCUGUGCAUAUGAGUGAACUGGAAUUGCUCCUCAAAAGAAGGGACAAAGAUUACUGGAGGCAGAGACUGCGCGAAGAGCGAACCACGAUGGUGAAGCAGUCCAAAGAAUACUGGGACUCACAGGCGAUGCUAUCAAUGGGCAUCUGAAGUACAAUCUUCUUACAAAUUCAGCUGCUGUAACGCUAAUGUUUGCCAUUGCAAUAAUCACCAAGAUGGACAUCAAAGCUCAAGCAUCGAUGGUUCUCUGGCUGAUUACAUCUGUUAACUGUUAGCAAGCAUCAUCCAAAGGAAGUUAACUGCACUAAUAUAACAGAGAGUAGCAUAGCUGUGCCCUGGACGAAGCAAGCAAAAUCCACUCCAGCUGGUUUGUUCAGAUUUGGAAAAAACGAACAGAUUUAACCAAUUCCUUUAUUCCUCCCACCUAGUUUGGAACGAUGUAAGAUGUAUUCUCUGAUGGUGUACUCUAUUUUAUUUACCUAGUUAUUGAUUGUUGGCGUGUUAUUUGCCUGUAGAAGUAAAGCCAAAUGUUGGAAUGUGAUGCAUUUUGAUAUGUA